AUGGCAUCUCGAUUUGCAGCUGGCCUGUUUGGCCGUUCCAUGCGCACUCUCCAGGCGCCCUCAGCCAUGCGUCGCUACGCAACUGCCGCUGGCGAGAACGAGUUCCUCGCCGAACGCGCACACCACAAGGAGCACGCCGGUAAGUCGGCGGACCUCUGGCGCAAGGUGUCUCUCUACGUCUGCAUUCCUGGCUCGAUUGUGCUGGGUGUGUACAUCUACGGUAUCGAGAAGCACCACUACGACCACAUGGUUCACGAGUACCACGAGAACGACAACCAGCCUCCCGAGCGCACCUUCUACGAGUACAACAACAUGCGCAAGAAGGCCUUCCCCUGGGGCGACGGCUCCAAGUCGUUCUUCCACAACGAGAUGAUCAACCACCCCAAGGACCCUUAA